AUUGGGCUACAGUCCGUGAUACUCAAGCGGGCCGGCGGAGAUUGGAUCUUGCAGUAUGAGGUGGGUCCAGGGGGUAUCUGCGAAAAAUCUAACUUCCAGCUUUAGCCUCAUUACAAUAUGUCAGUGAUCUGGACUCCAAUAUUUACCAACCCUCACCGCCGCAGCAUGGUUGUAUUCAUGAGCUUGCGUAGCUACGCCACUCGAUGCCCUUUUCACGUCCUUUUCACGUGUACGGAACAUGCUAAAUCCAUGCGUCUUGGCUGGACAUUCUUACGUAUCAGGAAACAGCUGAAGGAUAGCUCAGGCUGACACCACUCUAAAAACACCGAACGCGCAGGUCAAGAUGUAUGUGCCUUUCGCUUUCUUGAGUCGAGCUCAGUCAUUAUUGCAAUGUCGAGGCCUAUCACUGAGAGACAACCAUCUAUGUCCUCCAUGCCAAUUCAAAGUGCUGCUGGAUCCAACUAUACGGCAGUCGGGGAACUUCUACAUUGCACAGACAUGUGCAAUGUUGUAAUUUUCGGAGAAACUGGAGCUGGUAAAAGUUCCUUGGUCAAUUUGAUCGCUGGGAAGGACGUGGCGGUGACAUCUUCCGAUGCUAAGGGAUGUACAAUUGCAGUCAAUGAGCACGAUAUUUUGACUCAGAAUGAGACGUUGAAGGUAAAGCUUUUCGAUACACCCGGUCUUGACGAGUGCCGUCAAGGUGAAGUCCCCGAUAAGGAAGCUCGAAGAAUAUUGAAGAAGCUAGUUCAAACUCUGAUGAAGCAAGACGACAUUCAUCUCAUCAUUUACUGUGUGCGGGGCGAGAGAGUGAUUCGGACACUCCGUCGGAACUAUGAGUUCAUUCACUCCCAAGUCAAGAGGAAAGUUCCAAUUGUCCUCGUCGCCACAUCUUUGGAAUCCUACGAACCAGACAUGGAAAAGUGGUGGAGGUUGAACGAGAACACCAUCUCAAAACUUGGGAUGACCUUUGCCGGCCACGCAUGUGUCACCACGGGAAUGAUCACACAAUCUAAUGUCACGGAACGCGGCCUCAACCAGUCACACGACGCUGUCUGCAAGCUCAUCGAACAAUGUCGUCUGUUGAAUGAGACGGUAAUUCCUACUGGACCGUCACGAGGCACUACUCACAACAUCCCUUCUAAAUUGGCUGCGAGUGGCAACAAGCAUACAAAUAUCGUCCUCUUUGGACAGGUAGGGGCAGGCAAAAGCUCGCUCGUCAAGCUCAUGGCGGGAAUGGACGUAGCAUAUACAUCCAGUGACGCGAGAUCCUGCACAUUGCACUGGCAAAAAUAUCCCAUCGAAUUCGAUGGGAAGUCUUAUAACGUGUUCGAUACUGUUGGGCUCGAAGAACCACAGCUGGGAAUCCCACAGUACCUCGACGCUAUCGAGAAUGCCUAUAGGCUCAUUCAGGAUUUGGAGAGACAAGGCGGCAUUGAUCUACUUCUGUUCUGCAUGCGCGCAGGCAGACUCACCACUACACUUGAAAACAAUUACCGGCUCUUUCACGAAUUCCUCUGUGACAAAAAGAUUCCCGUCGUUGUAGUGAUCACGUACCUCGAAAACGAGGUCGGAGGAAUGGAUGACUGGUGGAAGCAAAACGAAGACAUUUUCCGUGAACGAGAGGUCCAUGUCGCUGGUCACGCGUGCAUCACCGCCAUCCAAGGCAGUUAUCCAGACCGGUAUGAAGAAUCACGCACCACGAUCCGUAAAGUUGUCAAGGAGUUCACUGCUGACAGGCAGAAGGAGGCAUGGAUAGGAGGAGACAACAGAUUCGUGUCGUUUAUGCGUAAGCUGAAGGGGCUUCUGGGGAGUGGGAAUUUGGGGAAGGAUAUGGUGUCUCGCCUCAAGCGUUGCGGUAUGUCUCCAGAUGUCGCAAAACAGGUAGCUGAUAGGAUAAAGAAUGGUGUGAUAGAAGGAGCUACUUGACUUCCGUGUUCGAUAACUUGUCCUCGUCCGAUUGUAGACUGUUAAAUUGUUGUCAAUAUGUCGUCAUACGCAUUCUACUGAAAUUCUACUCGAAAUAACAUUU